AGGGAAAUAUGAAGUGCAUAAAAAGGAGAUCCAACACCAUCAUCUUGGUUCCAUAUCCAGCACAGGGACAUGUCACUCCCAUGCUUAUGUUAGCCUCCGCCUUCCUCACCCACGGCUUUAAUCCGGUGCUGGUCACACCGGACUACAUUCACCGCCAGAUUGUCCCGAAGCUCGAAUCAAAGGAUAAGAUUCAGUGCAUACCGAUCCCGGACGGCUUGGACAAGGACGCUCCGAGGGACUUCUUCACCAUCGAGAAGGCUAUGGAAAACACCAUGCCUGUUCAUUUAGAGAAACUUGUUCAUCAACUUGAUGAAGACGGAGGUGUUGUGUGCAUAGUCAUUGAUUUGCUUGCGUCAUGGGCUAUAGACGUAGCCAACCGGUGCGGGAUCCCAGCGGCCGGAUUCUGGCCGGCCAUGCUGGCCACGUACCGGUUGAUCGGAGCCAUUCCGGAGAUGGUCAGGACAGGUUUCAUUUCUGAUGCAGGGUUUCCGAAGCAAUCAGGUGGUACAUGCUUCUUACCUAAUCAACCCAUGCUAUCAAGUGAAGAGCUACCAUGGUUGAUAGGCACUCCACCAGCAAGAACAGCAAGAUUCAGAUUUUGGACCAGAACCCUAGAGAGGUCAGAGUCUCUCCAAUGGCUCCUUGUCAAUUCAUUCCCAAAUGAAUAUGGCUUGGAUGAUAAGCAAUCACAACAUCAACACAUUGAUCUUCAUCAACUGGUCAAAACCACCCUGAAAAUCCGACCACAAGCUUUCCCAAUUGGUCCCUUGAGCAAGCUCAUAGGCACCAAAAACCCUAGCUUUUGGGAAGAAGAUACAAGCUGCUUAGGCUGGCUUGACAAGCAACAGGACAACACUGUAAUCUACAUCUCUUUUGGGAGUUGGGUUAGUCCCAUUGGAGAAACUAAGGUCAAAAGCUUGGCACUGGCACUUGAAGCUUUGGGGAAGCCAUUCAUUUGGGUCUUGGGGCCUUCAUGGCGUGAGGGAUUACCAAUUGGGUACUUAGAAAGGGUGGCAAGGACAGGCAAAAUUGUGUCCUGGUCACCACAAAUGGAUGUCCUGAAGCACAAAGCAGUAGGGUGUUAUUUAACACAUUGUGGGUGGAAUUCAACAAUGGAGGCCAUUCAGUGCCAUAAGAGACUCUUGUGCUAUCCUGUUGCUGGGGACCAGUUUGUGAAUUGUGGCUACAUUGUGAACUUGUGGAGGAUUGGGGUGAGAUUGGGUGGGUUUGGGGUGAAGGAUGUGGAAGAAGGAUUGAAGAGGGUGAUGGAGGAGGAUGAGAUGGGGAAUAGGUUGAGGAAGUUGUGUGAGAGAACUAUGGGAGAUGAGGCUAAUAAUAGAGCUGUGUCUAAUCUCAAAACCUUCACUGGUCAGCUUAAAAUGACAACAGUUGGAGAUCUAUGA